UUAUCAAGUUGGGUUGGCUGGUCGGUGUAGUGGCGUCAGCUUGUAUUGCAAGCAGAUCUUUCCCUGUGUUAAACAGCAUUUGGUCACCAGCGUUUGUCUUCAUAUUGUAAAUCAGCCUUGGUGGCAAAGAUGGAUGUGAAGAAUAGAAUUUUUUUAGAACUACGGAAUAGGAAGCCUUCAGACGUGAAAGAGCUCGUUCUCGACAACUGUCGCUCGAUCGAAGGCAGAAUCGAGGGCCUCUCGGAUGAGUUUGAAGAAUUGGAAUUCCUUAGCACGAUCAACGUAGGAUUAUUGUCGGUCGCAAACCUACCAAAGUUAAACAAACUAAAGAAGCUCGAACUAAGCGAUAACAGAAUCUCGGGAGGUCUAGAAGUGUUGGCAGAAAAAUGUCCGAAUCUCACACAUCUCAACCUCAGCGGAAACAAAAUAAAAGAUCUCGGCACAAUAGAACCUCUGAAAAAGUUGGAUAGCCUGCGGAGUCUAGACCUUUUUAAUUGUGAAGUAACAAAUCUAAACGACUACAGAGAAAACGUCUUCAGGUUUCUCCCGCAGCUGACUUAUCUCGAUGGAUACGAUCGUGAGGAUAAGGAAGCUCCCGACUCAGACACUGAGGCCUAUUUGGAAGGGAUAGAUGACGAGGACGAGGAUGAUGAUGAAGUUGACGAGGAAGAGUGUGAUGAGGCAGCUCAGUGUGAAGAGGACGAAGAUGAAGAAGGGGAGGAGGAGGAGGAGGAAGAGGAGGAUGAGGAGGAAGAGGAUGAAGAGGAGGAGGAAGUUGUCAGCGUAGAGGAUGAGGAUGAGGAUGAAGAGGAUGAUGGCGAAAUAGAUGAAGAGGAGGAAGAGGAAGAACAAACAGAAGUCAAAGGCCAGAAGAGGAAACGAGAACCUGAAGAUGAAGGCGAGGAAGAUGAUUAAAUUUCCAACGUUAACUUUCGUGACUGGUUGUUUUUACCUGUUUUCGCCCUUUUCCGAACCCCAUCCUAUUGUUGCUGUGGGAAUGAUGAUUAUGGGAGGGUCGCUCCCAUUCCUUCUGCUCUGAAAUGUCCUGUUCUGGUUCCCCACUGGGUGUUGUGAAUUUGGUCGAAAUGCCCCUCUAGCAAACAUGGGCAAGGCCCAAAUCUAAGUAAUUGUCUCUUUUUUUUUUUUUUUUUUUUUUUGGUUAUUAUGUUCGGUUCCAGCAGCCGUUUUAAACUAUAUCACGAAUCAUAUCCACAGCAAACAAAUACCAAGUGGCAUAUUCUAAACAAAAAUUUGUAUUGUGCAGAAAAUGGUUGCCAAUUUUGGAAAGUGAUGCUCACUUUUUUUAAACUAUCCCCAUUGUCCUUCCCCACCUGUCAUUUCCUUCCCCCCUGGCUCUUGUAGCUGUGAGACAAGUUUUCUGUAAAUAGUGACCAAAGCUCACUCGCACAUUUCCCCGACGUCCUUCCCCGCUUACAGCCCGCACUUCUGAAAAUGGCACCCAUUUAACUUGUAGUCCUGAUUGAUCGGUUGGUAGUGUAACACACGUUGUAAUAAAACAAAACUACGUUUGAACCCUGGUUUGCCAGCACCCUGUGCUACUUUUUGGUCUGUAAUAUAUAUAAUCUGAAUUCCAUAGAGAAGAAACGCUGCAAUUUAUUUUCCCGCUUGUGCUGUACACUUUGAUGAAUUUUUUUACAAGCAUCCUUAUGCAGAAGAAUAAGUAAAGCAUGUAGUGUUGAAUGGGCAUGUUUUCAUACAUUUGAGGGCAUAAUAUUAAUGCAGAAUUGUAUUUUCUUAUCUUGGAGAAGUCAGUGAAGUUGACUAGGACUGGGAAAAAGAAAUGCCAGUGAAUGUACAGACUUUUACUUUCAUAUCCGGGGUGACUAUAUUCCUAGUCAAUAUUUCAUCUGUACAAAAGAUUGACGCAUUUUUUUGUUUUUUUUCCUCAGCGAAGCCAAACUUAGUUUUGUGUCUGUUUUUUGUCAUUCAACAGUUUCAAUAAAUCCUUUUUUAUAUACAA